UUCCAUCUUCCUCAUCACUCAUCUCCCGUCACCUUGGCGCACAGCGCACACCCAGCGACAUGUCUCCUCAACAGACUGAGCCGCUUAAGAUCCUUGCGAUCGGCUCUCCUCUCUCCGAGCUUUCCCUCCUCGUGCAGAAGGUGACGGCCAUCAAUGGCAAACACGGACCAUUCGACGCCUGCGUCGUUGUUGGCGACCUCUUCAGAGAAGGCAGCAACGGGAGCGAGCUCGACGGCGUUGCAUUGCCCGUACCAACGUACUGGACAGUAGGGAAGAAUGCUCUUCCAGCCCGUGUACUCGAGACUCUGGCCAAGGGACCGGAAGUCGCGCCCAACCUCGUGUAUCUUGGCAAGUCCGGCGUGUUCGUCACUGCUCAAGGGCUCAAGAUCGCGGUCGUAGGCGGCGUGUACGACGCGGCAGUCUACGAAUCUGGAGACAACCCGGGCCCAUACACCCCUGUGAUUACGCAGAACUCGAUAGCGCAGCUUCUCUCUCACAAGGAGCUCUUCGGGCCGUCCCACGACUCGAUGCUGGAAGCCGCGAAGGAGAAGGCGCUUGCCCUCCCUUCGGCGUUCCACGGCGUCGACCUUUUUAUCACCACUUCGCCACCACCUUCCCUCAGCCUCCUCUCGCCCUCCUUCCCUUCGUCGGGCAUCUCGCUGGCUGCAGCUGCGCCGCCUCUCGCAGAGCUCAUCAAGCUUUCGCGCCCACGCUACCUCUUCUGGGCCGAUGGCGAGGGGUUCUGGGAGCGCGAACCGUUUGGAUGGGCUGGUGUCAAAGGCGACGAGCGCUGGACACGCGCGGUCAAGCUCGGCGCCCUGGGCGCUGUUGGCAAGGGGACUGGCAAGCCUGCUCGUUGGUUCUACGCAACGAGUCUGCCCGCCCAGUCUUCCUCUACCAAGCCUCCUGUGCGGCCUGGGAAUGCGUCGCCCAACCCCUUCUCCAUGCCGACCGGUGGUGGCUCAAGCAAGCGCCAGGCGGACGACUCAAAUGGCGCUGAGGGUGCCAAGCGCGUCAAGGCCGAGCCCGGCCCACCGCCUGAAGACUACACCUGCAAGAUCUGCAGUGUACAGGGCCACUGGAUCCAGGACUGCCCUCAGAAGGCCGCCAUGGACCCAUCCAAGCCGCCUCCCGGAUACGUCUGCAACAUCUGCAAAUCUACCGAGCACUUCAUCCGUGAAUGUCCGCAACGCGAAGAGCGCGCUCGAGCUCCGCGGCCGCCACCUGCGGGGUAUGUCUGCAAAGCGUGCGGCAAGGCCGAGGAACACUACAUCAAGGACUGCCCAGUGGUCAAGGAGCGCGAUGCGGCCCGCGAGGCAAACCGCAAAGGGAACAAGAAGGAUCUGGGACCCGCUGAGUGCUGGUUCUGUUUGAGUAACCCCAAGGUCACCAAGCACCUCAUUGUCGGCAUUGGUUCAGAAACUUACGUGACGUUGCCAAAAGGUCAGCUCAUUCCUACUCACGGGAAAGAAGAGCCGCUGGUCCCAGGAGGAGGUCACGUUCUUAUUAUCCCCAUUGCGCACCACCCCACACUCAUGUCGAUACCUCCCGCCGACGCUUUGGAUAUCAUUACGGAGAUUGAGUCGUACAAGUCAGCGCUGCGCAAGUGCUUUGCACAGUACAACGCGGUCCCAGUCUUCUUUGAGGUGGGCCGCUUGGCCGGUCGCGGAGGACACGCACACGUGCAGGUAAUCCCAGUGCCCAACGAGCUGGGCGACGAGGUUCACGAUGCCUUCACCAACGCUGGCAACUCGAUCGGUUUGAACUGGGAGGCUGAGCCUGAACGCGCGCUCGCGCGCGUCGGUCCGACCGGCAGUUAUUUCAAGGUCGAGUGUCCGGACGGGCGCAAGAUGGUACACUUGCUGCGGAACAACUUUGAUCUGCAAUUCGGCCGCAAGGUGCUCGCCGGCCUGCUCAACAUCCACGACCGUGGCAAUUGGCAGGAGUGCGUGCAGUCUGAGGCGGAGGAUAAGGACGACGCACAGAAGCUCAAAGCAGCGCUCAAGCCGUUCCUGCCAAAGUAGUCGCGUGUAAUGUGUACGUCAUCGCCAACGCGCGACAGUGACUACCGCACCCCCCACUAGCUCCAACUCCAUCUCAUAUCUAUGCAAUGAUGCGCACAUACCUACGACCUCUACUGCUUAAGGAGACCAAGCUCUGCCAGC